CUUACGGCAGAGCUGGGAAUUCUGCCUUAGAUUCUGCCUCUACUAGAGAGUAAUGUCGCAAGGUUAGGGUAGAAAACUGUAGGUUUGCGACCGUUGCUCUCGCUUUCCGACCAAUACAGAGGUGCCUGAAGGCUGGUUGGGGCGGUGAGGCCCGAGGCAGUUCCUGGGAUUUCUGAGAGCCUGGCCAGGACAAGAUGGACCCGGUCGUCCUGAGUUACAUGGACAGCCUACUGCGGCAGUCAGACGUGUCACUCUUGGACCCCCCUGGCUGGCUCAAUGACCAUGUCAUUGGAUUUGCCUUUGAAUAUUUUGCCAACAGUCAGUUUCACGACUGCUCUGACGACGUCUGCUUCAUCAGCCCUGAAGUCACCCAGUUCAUCAAGUGCACUAGCAACCCGGCAGAGAUCACCAUGUUCCUUGAACCCCUGAACCUCCCCGACAAGAGAGUUGUAUUUUUAGCCAUCAAUGAUAAUUCCAACCAGGCAGCUGGGGGAACCCAUUGGAGUUUGCUGGUUUAUCUCCAAGAUAAAAAUAGCUUUUUUCAUUAUGAUUCCCACAGCGGGAGCAACUCAGUGCAUGCAAAGCAGGUAGCAGAGAAGUUGGAGACUUUCUUAGGCAGAAAAGGAGACAAACUGGCUUUUGUGGAAGAGAAAGCCCCUGCUCAACAAAACAGCUAUGACUGUGGGAUGUACGUGAUCUGUAACACAGAGGCCUUGUGUCACCACUUCUUUAGGCAACAGCCAGAAUCCCUGUUGCAGCUACUCACUCCUGCAUACAUCACAAAGAAGAGGGGGGAGUGGAAAGGUCGCAUUGCCAGACUGGCUAAGAAUUAGCUACUGAUGUGCAUUGUGACUUUGGAAGUCUCCUCUUUCUGCCUGUCCCCAUUUAUUGGAUGGCUGCAGCCUCGGUGCCUGAGGGAGGAUGCCUGGUAGAGGGAACUUAGGAUUCUUACUUUUUCCUGAAAGAAUGUCACCUUCUGUAUUAUCCUAAUGGAAGGUUUCUCCUGACUGGAGAGCAGUAUGUUCUGUGAAAUGUCUUGAAGUUAUGCACCAAAACCUUAAAACCAUGCUAUCUUAACAUUUAUUAAUUCCCUGCUGGUCUCCCUCUGCCACAUUGGCUUAUUCCAAAGGAAAAGCAGUGAUCUGUAAAACAAAUUAAGAAUAUGUAAAUUCUAGAGGAACACAAGAAGAUAACUAUGGAAGAACCAAAAAUGCAUUGCACAGCCCACUGGCCAGAAGCAGAUUAAGACCUAACCUAAUUUUAAGAUCUAAAUAUUAUGCGAAUCAAUUAUUCAGUUCUGUGAUCUAUCUCCCAUUCACCAUACAAAGCUUUCCCGGCCAUUUGCAUACCCUUUGCAAAGAUUUGAUAAAGAUGAUGUUAGCCCAUCUUCCCCCAUCUGAUUCUGGAAUGCUUUAAGAAAGGGGGAAUCUUGAAUUGCUGCAUUAAAUUAAAUGGCUGUGGUAGACCUCUCUUAGUUUGCUCAGUGAGUAAGUCAAUUUGCUCUUCUGGAUUAAUAGCUUUCCUUCACCUUGUCUAUUAGCCAUGCACACUCCUUCCUUAUAUCCAAAGUUCUGUGGUUUUAAAACUCAUAACUGGUAACUUCCCAAGAUUAUCUGUUAUUUCAGAUAAAUAUUUCUACUUUCUGAUAGUCAUAGUUUUUCCUCUCUUCUCUAUCCUUAAUCUGGCAGAAUUAUUUUCAGCUAUAUCAUGGUGAUUUCAGGACUAUUACUGUAUCUGAAACUUACAGUCUAAAUGUUGGUUUGUUUUUGAGAUAUAAAGAAGAAAAAGUGACCUUUCUCAACCCUUUCACUUAAUUCAAAAUGCAAGCAAUGUAACUUUUUAAAUGUGGAACCAAGAGGAACAAGAAAUGCUAUCCCUCCUAAAUCACUGAUGUGUUUUUUUCAGAGUUGUUUCAAAUAAUUAAUAACCAGAUUAUACGUUGGGCACACACAUUAAUUCUAAUCCUAAUGAGAAUUAGCUUGCAAUGCAUAUGAAUGAGACUUGAAAACCAAAGAUUAGCUUCAGCCUGAAACUGAUUUCAGGCAACUCUGGAGCCUAACCCUGCCCCACCCUUUGUGGCCCAAAAUAACCUGACCACUCAGUGACCACAGAGGCAGUAACUCAGUUCCUUUUAGUCAGGGAGGGAAAACACAGUACGUGUAAAUAAGCACCAGUUACAUAGCAGGCCUGAGUGAACACAAGUUGAAACCAAAAGUCAAAGAGAAAGCUACAAAAAAAGUUUCCAUUUCAAGUCAAUAGGUUUCGGAUCAAAAGGAGACCUCAUGGAAGACGGGCUGAAAAUAAUAUUAGAAGCUGGUAGUCAGUCAUAGAGGUCAAAUAGGCAGGGAGGGAUAGCAAGAGGAAUAAGUAGAUUGCUAAGGCCGUGCGUGUAAAUGAUGGUAAAAAAGCAGUAUUAUUUCAGUAAUUGUUGACUUCCGCAUCUAAUCCAGACUACGAAAGAGUCAAAUCCUCGUUGCGAAAAGUUGUCUUUCUGAUAAUGCAAAUAUGUCUGUUUCCCAGAUAGUCUGUCUCUUAACAGUUAACACGUAGGAGAGCAAUCUUUCCUAACUCUAAGAUUUGUUCCACAAAUUAUUUUUGAACUAAACUAGUAAGUCUUAAAAAAAAAAUUAAUCUGAGGUCUCUUUUUCCAAAUACAUAACACUAUAACACUGUGCCACCAGUUAGUUUACUUCUACAAAACUUUGAGUACACCAUUUGCAAAUGUCAGCGUUAUAAAUGGUAGGAGAAUUUAAGGGUUCACUUCUAACAUUUCACCAUAUACUAUAACAACCCAUAAGUUACACACCUACCUGACAACACGCCAUGGAUGUUACGUGACACAAAAUAGGAAAAAGACCUUUUGCUGGUACUGUGUUCCCUUUUCUCUUAGAGUCAGAAGGAUCCAGUGUGCAAAAUUCAGCUUCAAAAUACGCAAAAGGAAAGCAUGUUAUUUAAAAUUGGGUUGAGUAAUUAUCACACCGAACUACCCUGCUGUCAAAUAUCCUGUUGUAUUUAUCCAUAAGUAUAUUCACACUGUCCAACCUGUGUCUCAUCUGGAGUCUAGAAAGAUCACCAUAUGUAACCCAGCUGUAGAUGGCAGUCAAAAAUAAAAAUACCAGGGCCCUUUCUGUUUAA